CAGAUACCAACCGACUGCGACCAUGUCUCAUAACUUAGACAGGGCCAUUGAGAUCGUGCAGGGCGCGAUAGAGGAAGACAAGAAGCAGAACUAUGAAGAGGCCUACAAGCUCUACUCCAAUGCCCUCGAUUACUUCAUGCUCGCGCUCAAAUACGAGAAGAACGAGCGGUCGAAGAAGCUGAUCAAGACCAAGUUCAACGAGUACCUCGCACGCGCGGAGACACUCAAGGAACACCUCCAGAGCAAGGAGGAGAAGCGUGCGAAGAAGCUCGUAGGCGUCAGCGGGGCAAACGGCGGGACUGGCGGAGGAGGCAAGGGCAAAGAAGACGACGACACGGACCCGGAGGUUAAGAAGCUGCGCGCGGGGCUCGCGAGCGCGAUCGUGAGCGAGAAGCCGAACGUAAAGUGGGAGGACGUCGCGGGGCUGGAGGCGGCGAAGGAGGCGCUGAAGGAGGCGGUGAUCCUGCCGAUCAAGUUCCCUCAUCUGUUCACGGGGAAGCGGACGCCAUGGAGGGGGAUCCUGCUGUACGGCCCGCCGGGAACGGGCAAGUCGUACCUCGCGAAAGCGGUCGCGACGGAGGCGAACGGGACGUUCUUCAGCGUCAGCUCGAGCGACUUGGUGAGCAAGUGGCAGGGAGACUCGGAGCGACUCGUGAAGCAACUGUUCGAGAUGGCUCGUGAGAAUAAGCCUGCGAUUAUAUUCAUAGACGAGGUGGAUUCGCUAGCCGGGACGAGAAACGAAUCUGAGUCGGAAGGAUCGCGACGAAUCAAGACUGAGUUCCUAGUUCAGAUGAACGGUGUUGGUCACGAUGACACUGGCGUCUUAGUUCUCGGCGCGACAAAUAUCCCAUGGCAGCUGGAUAACGCGAUAAAGCGACGGUUCCAAAAGAGGAUAUACAUUCCCCUACCGGGCCCAGAGGCCAGACGGCGAAUGUUCGAGCUGCAUGUGGGCGAUACACCUUGUGAACUGACUCCCAAGGACUACCGUCUUCUCGCGGACAAGACGGACGGCUAUUCGGGUUCGGACAUUGCUAUCGUUGUGCAAGAUGCUCUCAUGCAGCCGGUGCGGAAGGUCCUCACCGCGACACAUUUCAAGUGGCUCCCAGAUGUGAAGAAAUGGACACCAUGUUCACCCGGAGAUCCGGAAGCUCAGGAGAAGUCAUGGACGGACAUAGAGAGCGACGAGCUGCAAGAACCUCCCUUGCGUGUAGCAGACUUCCUGAAGUCUGUCGAUAAUGUUCGGCCGACUGUCACGGCAGAGGAUUUGAAGAAGCACGAUCAAUGGACGCUUGAGUCUGGGAAUGAGGGGUCAUGAGGAACCAUUGUACUAUACUAUGCUGUACUAUUGCGCGUAACCAUCUUCUGGUUCUGGAACGGAAUCCCUUUCAAGUGCACGGUACGUUGGAGGAGCAGGAGCAUUCAUUGGUUUUCGAGAAGGUAAAGUAUCGCCGAUGUGCCUGCUUCCGGACAGGCACAUCUUAGACAUCCGUAC